UUACCGGUGAUCCUGCCCAGCCUCCUGCAGCCGUUCAUCCUACCUACCGGCGGCCGCAGGGAGCACCGACAGCCCUGGAGCAGUGCCACACACACACACCCGUAUGACGGACACAAAGUCCUUCCUGACCCCCUGCUCGUGAACUUGACUAUUCGAGGCAUUCAAGUCUUUGCUGGCUGUGCUGACCAGAGGUAAGCCAUGGAGGAUGGGAAGCCAGUGUGGGCGCCCCACCCCACCGACGGGUUCCAUCUGGGCACAAUCGUUGACAUAGGAGCUGACACGCUCACGAUAGAACCACUGAACCAGAGGGGCAAGACUUUUCUUGCGCCGAUGAAUCAAGUCUUCCCUGCAGAGGAUGAUGUCAACAAACAUGUUGAUGAUAACUGUUCACUUAUGUACUUAAAUGAAGCAACUCUUCUCAACAAUGUCAGAGUGCGGUACAGUAAAGACCACAUCUAUACCUAUGUGGCCAACAUCCUCAUUGCGGUUAAUCCUUACUAUGACGUACCAAAACUGUACGGCCCUGAUGCCAUCAAGUCGUAUCAAGGGAAGUCACUGGGUACUCUGCCACCCCAUGUGUACGCUAUAGCGGACAAAGCCUACAGAGACAUGAAGGUUUUAAAGAUGAGCCAAUCCAUCAUAGUUUCUGGUGAAUCUGGUGCCGGAAAAACUGAAAACACCAAGUUUGUUCUCAGAUAUCUGACAACAACAUAUGGAACUGGUCAAGAUAUUGAUGAGAGAAUUGUUGAAGCAAAUCCUCUUCUCGAGGCCUUUGGAAAUGCAAAAACCGUCCGGAAUAAUAACAGCAGUCGCUUUGGAAAGUUUGUCGAAAUCCACUUUAACAACAAAAAUGCAGUUGUGGGUGGAUUUGUGUCCCACUACUUGUUGGAGAAGUCAAGGAUUUGCAUGCAAAGCAACGACGAGAGGAACUACCACAUUUUUUACAGGCUGUGUGCAGGGGCAUCUGAAGACCUUAAGAAAAAAUUACACCUGGACUCUCCUGACAGUUUCAGGUACCUGAACCGAGGAUGUACCAGAUACUUUGCUGGUAAAGACUCGGAUAAACAAAUAAUGCAAAGCCGCAAGAGUCCUGAGCAUCUGAAGCUGGGUGCUUUAAAGGACCCUCUUCUGGAUGACCAGGGAGACUUCAACCGGAUGUGUGUGGCCAUGAAGAAGAUUGGCUUGAAUGACACAGAGAAGCUGGACCUCUUCAGGGUUGUCGCUGGUGUCCUGCAUCUGGGGAACAUUGACUUUGAGGAAACAGGGAGCUCUUCAGGUGGAUGCAUCCUAAAGAAUCAGUCAGACAACACUUUAGAGUGCUGUGCGGACUUGUUGGGCCUGGACAAAGAUGACCUGCGAGUCAGCCUCACAACAAGAAUCAUGCUCACAACAGCAGGUGGCGCCAAAGGCACAGUUAUCAAGGUGCCUCUGAAGGUGGAGCAAGCAAACAAUGCCCGCGACGCCCUGGCCAAAGCGGUUUACAGCCGCCUCUUUGACCAUGUGGUGAAACGAGUAAACCAGUGUUUCCCCUUCGAGACCUCCUCCCAUUUCAUCGGCGUGUUAGACAUAGCUGGGUUUGAGUAUUUUGAGCAUAACAGCUUUGAGCAGUUCUGCAUUAAUUACUGCAAUGAGAAACUACAGCAGUUCUUCAACGAGCGCAUUCUUAAAGAGGAACAAGAACUCUAUCAAAAGGAAGGGCUGGGAGUGAAUGAGGUGCAUUAUGUUGAUAACCAGGACUGCAUAGAUCUUGUGGAAGCAAAGCUGGUGGGAAUCCUUGACAUUCUGGAUGAAGAGAAUCGUCUCCCUCAGCCCAGCGACCAACACUUUGCACAGGCUGUUCACAACAAACAUAAAGACCAUUUCAGACUGACGGUUCCCAGGAAGUCAAAGCUAACCGUUCACAGGAACCUUCGGGAUGAUGAGGGCUUCAUGAUCAGGCACUUUGCAGGAGCUGUUUGCUAUGAAACGACACGGUUUGUGGAGAAGAACAAUGAUGCCCUCCACAUGUCUUUGGAGAGUUUAGUGAGUGAGUCAAAAGAUAAAUUUGUUCGUGAGCUGUUUGAGAACUCCAGCACUUCCAAGGACUCCAAACAAAAGGCGGGCAAGCUCAGCUUCAUCAGUGUUGGCAACAAAUUCAAGACCCAACUGAACCUGCUGCUCGAGAAGCUUCGCAGCACUGGCUCAAGUUUCAUCCGCUGUGUAAAACCCAACCUGAAGAUGAUCAGUCAUCAGUUUGAGGGGGCACUAAUUCUCUCACAGCUACAGUGCUCAGGAAUGGUGUCAGUGUUGGAUCUGAUGCAGGGUGGAUUUCCCUCCAGGGCCCCCUUCCAUGAGCUCUACAACAUGUAUAAGGCAUACAUGCCAGAUAAACUUACACGACUAAACCCAAGACUGUUCUGCAAGGCUUUGUUCAAAGCCUUGGGUUUAAACGAUAAAGACUUCAAGUUUGGACUGACAAGAGUGUUUUUUCGCCCGGGAAAGUUUGCUGAGUUUGACCAGAUCAUGAAGUCUGAUCCGGAUCAUCUCGCAGAGCUGCUGAAAAAAGUCAACAAGUGGUUGCUGUGCAGCCACUGGAAGAAGGUCCAGUGGUGCUGCCUGUCAGUCAUCAAGCUCAGGAAUAAAAUGAGUUACAGAGCUGUGGCAUGUAUCAAGAUUCAAAAGACUGUCCGCAUGUGGUUGUGUAAGAAGAAGCACAAGCCAAGAAUUGAUGGUAUGGUGAAAGUCAGAAGCCUUAAGAAACACAUGGACCGAUUUAACGAGGUGGUCAACCGGCUCAAGGAGGGCAAACAAGAAAUGGCCAAACAGGUUCAGGACCUGGCAGCUGCCAUAGACGCUCUGUUAGCAAAGAUAAAGUCCACAUUGAUGACCUGGAAGGAGAUUGACACUGAGUACCAGGGACUGGUGAAACGCUCAGAGCUGCUGCUGUCCUCCAUGCAAAAGAAGAAGCGGGAGGAAGAAGAGAGUGAGAGACUCAGACACAUUGAGGAGGAGAUGGACAAGGAGAGGAAGAUGAGGGAGAAGGAAGAGCAACGACGCAAACAGGAGGAAGAAGAGAGGAGACUCAAAGCAGAAAUGGAGGUGAAAAGAAAGCAGGAAGAGGAGGACAGAAAAAAGAGGAAGGAGGAAGAAAAGGUCAUUCAGGCAGACCUGGAAAUUCAGUUGGCUCUGGAGCGUGAGGAGCAGGCCCAGCGGGCUACCAUAGUGGAGCAGGAGAGAAGAGACAGGGAGCUAGCCAUGCGAAUUGCUCAGAAUGAGGCGGAGCUCAUCUCAGAGGAAGGCAUGGCAGAUGCAGGCCUGCGCAGUGAUGACUCUUUUUCAGAUCUUCCUAUCUCUUCAUCCUCAGCCAGAGACAUGGGUCCUCAAGUGCAGGCUACGAAAGCUGCUGCUGGUGUGAAAAAGUAUGAUCUAAGCAAGUGGAAGUAUGCUGAGCUGCGAGAUGUCAUCAACACCUCCUGUGACAUUGAGCUGCUGGCAGCUUGCAGAGAGGAGUUUCACCGUCGGCUGAAGGUCUACCAUAGCUGGAAGUCCAAGAACAAGAAGCGUAAUGAUGAUGGGAGCGACCAGAGGGCUCCGAAAUCCAUCACUGACUAUGCUGAGCAGAACCCUGCCCCUCCAACAACAACCCAGCAUCAGGAGGUGGCUAUGAAUCGGCAACAGCGUUAUUUUCGCAUUCCUUUUAUCCGGCCUGCUGACCAAUACAAGGACCCACAGAAUAAAAAGAAAGGCUGGUGGUAUGCCCACUUUGAUGGACCCUGGAUAGCCAGGCAGAUGGAGCUUCAUCCAGACAAACAGCCCAUUGUGUUGGUUGCGGGCAAAGAUGAUAUGGAAAUGUGUGAGCUGAGUCUGGAGGAAACGGGUCUCACCAGGAAGAGAGGGGCAGAGAUCCUGCCCAGGCAGUUUGAGGAGAUCUGGGAACGCUGUGAUGGAAUUCAGUACCUGAAGAAAGCCAUAGAAAACAAGCAGGCCCGCCCCACAUAUGCUACUGCAAUGCUGCAGAGUCUCCUCAAAUGAACCAGAGAACUCUGCUCGCCCUGAAAGACAACGCUGAUGCACACCAACCCAUUGUUGUGGUGUCUGAAAAAGUAACCACAGGCGAGGAUGCCUGCUAUACAAUCUUCCUGUUAGUGCUCAGUGUACAAAUCACUGACACUACUUCUUUAUAUUUGUUUGUUUUUUUAUUCUUUACAUUUUGCAGUGGAAUGUCUAAAUGGUGUUGCGUUAGCAUUUGUGUUUAGCCUUUUCCUCAGACUGUGCAUGGAUUAAAAAUCACACUGUGAGGCCUUAAUCUGCAAUAUGGUUGAACCACAGAAGUCUUAACUUAUUCUGAUUUUCUAGCUGUGUGCCUCGAACCUUAUUGGUCAACAAGGACAAUGAAAGAGGCAGAGAUAAUUCUAAAGGCGUGGAACUGUCCCUGUCAUUGAAUCAAAUUAUUAUAUUUAACAAUUAAGAUAAAUAAUGGUGAUAUGAUCGGGAAUUAAUUUUUACACAGUCAUAUAAUACUCAUGCAAAAAACAUGUCAUAAUAAGUAAACUAUAGAGAUUAUUUAAACAUCAUGUCAUUCAUUAUUACAAAUAUGAUGCAAAAGCAACUGUAACAAAAGUCAAGAAAGCAUUUUAAAUCAUUAUUCCUUUGCUCUGUAUUCAGUACUUUUUGUCUGUUGACAGGAAAUUCUCAAAAAGGGACAUUUUUUGUAUUGUUGCUCAUUUGUUGUGAGAGGAGAAAGUUUUCAUGUUUGCAGUUUUAUGGGUUUUGGGUCGUCUUACUUACAGUAAUAUAAUGUGUGUGUGUGUGUGUUAUGUGUGUUUAUUCAUGUCAUAUUUGAUUAGGGUGAUUACUCCUAUGUACUAGAACAUAAUUAUUUUCACUGAACUUUAACUGCUGAGUUAAGUAUUCUAUCUUAUAUUGUGUGAGGACUAUUGCUCUGGAAUACUGUAGAAAAUAAACAUAAUCCCAUA